AUGGAGAGUGAAGAGAAAAUCGAAGACACUAGUGGCGCUUAUGUAGAAUCUCCGAUCAAGCUGGAAGCCUUCAUUGAGAUUUUGGCCAAAAUCGCCUUGUUGCUACUUCUAGUCUGCAUCGGUUUGCUCCUUGUGAUCUUCCGCAUCAUUUACGGGAUCAGCUUGAUCCUGCUGCAAGUGAUGGUCGCAAUCAUCACGGUUGUGAUAGGAGCCCUGAAUGUCCCGAUAAGAAUGUUCAGCUCUACGGCCACAGUCCUGGUCACUUCUUUUCUCUCGCCUGUUGAAACGGUCACCGUCGUCUUAAAAGUAGCCUGCGUGUCCGUCAUAGUCAGCUUCGGUUUCGUUGUCGAGAUUGUACGGUUGACAUUGAGGAAUUUCCUUCACAUCAUAAAUGCAUUCGUAUUGAUCGUCCGUCACCUUAUCGGCCUGGCAUUUGUGUUGAUGGGCGUGGUGAUGGCCGCUGUAGCUGUUUCGCUGACAAACUUUGUCGUCUGUACUAUGCUAAUCACCAGGCUAUUCUUGUUCGCCAUGAUAAUUGCAUUGAUUAGCUACUGGAUCGAACCUCUUCCCGAUGAUGAUAUCUGGACAAAUAUAGUUAGUAUUUUGCCACCCAAACUCCUGUUGUGGAUUCUCUAA